AUGUGCAAACAAGCAGUUAGAGUAAUCCUGAUGCCUAACGUUUCAUUGCCAUCCUCUUCUGAAGACUUAGCUGCGCAAAUCAGUCAAAUGUCUUCAGAAAUCAAUCAUUUAAACAGUGAAAUUGCAAGCAUUAAAUUGGACUAUAUGUUUCAAUUAAGUGAUUUAAAAAUGGAAAAUAAUAAUUUAAAAAGUGAAAAUAAAAACCUAACAAUUCAGAUUAAACAAUUGAAAAAACAAGUCAACGCUAUUCCACAAAUAUAUAGAAUACAGAUUGAUGCAUUAAAAUAUAGAUUAAUUAAAGCUCAAAUGAAAAGAAAAACAGAACAAAAACGUUCUAAAAACCCUCUUCGUAUUCGUCGAAUUUUUUCCGACGAAGAUAAACAUGAAUAA